AAGGCAAGUUAACUAAACUGAACUAGCGCUGCCUAGUUCAGGUAACAAUCAAUUAACUUAACUUGCUUACAUACAAAUGUAUCUCACACACUCUGUAUCUCACACAGUCCCUUGUCAUACAUAGAUGUUCUACUUGUUGUGUGUUAUGUUACGUUAUGUUAUGUUGUGCUUGUGGGUUCACGUACACUUAUCACGUGUGUACUUAUUUUCUACUUGUGGGUUCAUAUAUUUAUCUAUCUACCCACGUACACUUAUCACCGUGUACUUAUUUUCUACUUGUGGGUUCAUAUAUUUAUCUAUCUACCCACGUACACUUAUCACCGUGUACUUAUUGUAUAUUUAUAUUGUGUAUUUAUCUAUGUACAUACACUUAUCACAUAUAUAUAUAUUAUCCACUUAUUCUCAUAUUCAGAUCAUUCUAUACAGAUUAUCAUAUACAAAUUAUCAUAUACACAUUAUCAUAUACACAAUACCGGGGGCCCCCCUUUUUCACCGUUCCUACCAAGCAGAUCUGUCUCAACCAACCGCGAUAUCUAAGAACUAACGCGUUUUUACCACCUGCCGUCCUGCCCCGGUCGUGAGUCCGCACCGUCCUGCCCCGGCCCAGUACUCACACCGGAGGAUACGCUCCAGGAAUUUUAUCAAGCGCUUUACCACCUGCCGUCCUGCCCCGGUCGUGAGUCCGCACCGUCCUGCCCCGGCCCAGUACUCACACCGGAGGAUACGCUCCAGGAAUUUUAUCGUGCACUUUACCACCUGCCGUCCUGCCCCGGUCGUGAGUCCGCACCGUCCUGCCCCGGCCCAGUACUCACACCGGAGGAUACGCUCCAGGAAUUUUAUCCAGGCCUAACUACUACAUAGUACACUCAUGAGAUUUUUCACACACACACACACAGUCACACAUCAAAACCUUAUCCUGUUAUGUGGCUUUCCCUUCGUUAUUUCUCAUCCAGCUCUUUAUCUCACCCUUAGGGGUUCUUAUCUCGAGGGUGUCUGUCCGCUCUCCUUCUCGGGGCCACACCCCCCCCUCCCCUCCUAGGCCACAGAUUCACUAUACACAGACAUUUGAGUUUAACCGGCGUCUGCUUACCUUAUUAUUUAUGGCCGGCCUCUGUAGCCCGUCAGGGAGAGAGAAGGUGGUCCCGGUUCUGGAGGCAGUGUUCACACCGUCCCUACAGAGGUCCCUUCGUGGUCGCCAUUAAAUAUGUGGGAACUUAGAGCCCGUCUCCAAGUAGGCACAUAUCAGGGUGAAUUCUACUGAUAUACUUUGUAAUACUUUUAUACUGUAUAAAUUAUUACUUAGACUUAAUUUACUGGUAGCACUAACAUUAAUACGAAUUAAAACAAUGGGAAAGCUCCUCAGACCUGGAUGAGAAUGAGCAAACUUCUUUAUUGUGGUCAAUCAGCCAACAAUUCUCUAAGAGAAAUUGCUAAUUUGAAAAGUAACAAAAGAAAUCCCAAAAACCCAAGAAAAGAAAAAGCAUCUUCAUGAAGAGCAUCGGCAUGCAAAAACAAAAACCCUCCAGGACGGUCCUGCAAAGUAACGGGAUUUUUACGCAUACACAUUUGGCCCCAAAAAUUCUCCUCUAUAUAUACGCUUCCACGCGCCUCCUUAUCGGUCCCCCUCCUUACAGACCCAUUUUCAUAUCACCUUAUCCUUAUGUCUCAUAUGUUUUUGUAACGUCCUGUUCCUUACAACCCCCUUGUUUUUCCUUUACCUUUUGCCCAUAUGCCCAUUUAUGGAUUUUCCUUCCUUUAUUUCCCCGGGGCCCAGGUCCGGAAGCCCAGGCCUGUGGCCCUGGGUCUUCUUCAUCCGACAUAACAAUUAUAUCUAAACAACAAUUUUGUUAUUAAAAGUGUGCUUAAAAAAAGAGCCUCACUCCCUGGUUGAAGUUACAUUUGCCUCUAAGUUUUUCCCGUGCCAGACAUCCUGAAGAUUAAUCCUUCAUUCCACUGAAAUGGACCCUUCGCCUCCAGGUCGGUCAGCUCAUCCUAGUCGCCCUAUCAGGUCCUCGCCUCACCAUUCUCGUCCUUCUCCCUACACAAGGCCAGUGCCAGCUGAAGUCAUGGAGACCUAUCGCCGCCUCCAGCUACUUCAUAUCACCCGUGAGCUCGUUACGUGUCUGGAACAGCUCUGUUCCCCUGAUCUCCCCUUAUAUCCUCAUCUGCUGUUCCAUAUUGUGAGGGGGCCUCUUCCUAGCACUUCCACGACUCAAACCACCCCUCUACCUAACCUCGUGGACCAGAGAACCCAAACUGAUGGCUGUCCUCACGUUGAGCCUUGCAACCCUGAGCUCGGGACUCCCGAUUCUCCUCCUCGUCCCCCAGUGCCUUAUGCCUAUGUCCGUCCUCUCAGCCCGGCCUUGGCAUCUCCUCCUUCUGAUUCUAGCUCUGAUUACAACCCUGGGUCUCCAGACUAUACCCCUACGUCUCCCUCUGAUUAUUACGAUUAUGAAUAAUAAACCAUAACCAUUCC